AUGAUGGCGGCAGCGGGCUGCGGAUCAGCGACCGCGGCUGCCGCUGGAGGCGCGGGCGCUGUGGGAGUGGGCGCGGCGCGUGGCCGCUUUCCGGGCCGCCCGUGGUCGUCGCGGAGCCGCCUGCGUUCCGAGAAGCGGUGGCUGCUCGGCCGCUGCGGGGCCGACGAGUUUAGCGGCGCAGGAGGAGGAGGCCCGAGGCCCGCCUGCCCGCCGCUUGCGUGCGCCGAGGACCAGUCUCACUUGCGCCUGCUGGGGAUCGAGGCGAGCUACAAGAGCCUCGGCGAGGCGGGCUACAGCUCGAGUGGGAGCGAAGAGGGAGCUGAUUUCAGAGGCUUUGAACAUGAAAACAGUGGUGUUCCUGAACAGUCGAGACGGAAUCCUCCCAAACGUAAUCGUGCAUCAGCAAAAUCCACAAAGAGGCUAUGUCAGAGACCAGCUCCUGCAGCAGCCACAGAGGUGGAAAACGUUCAGACUCUUGAAAAUGAUUCAGGAUUUACACGGAAGCUACACAGUAAAGGGUCUACUAAUGCUGUAUCAGUUGAAGAUGGUGAUCCUGGUGCAGAUAAGCUCUCGAAACCGAGACGAAAAAGAGACUCUGUGAAAGACGUACCGUCAGCUCCAAAGAUCACCAUUAAGUUGGUGACUAAAAAGAGAGUGAAAGUGGAUCCGUCGUCACACCAGAAGCUUGAAAGAAAGCAAAAAGGAAACAAAGUCCCGUCUGAAGCUAAAGAAACCCAAUGUGCUGUAGUCUCAUCUGCGCAUGUUAAAUUAAAAACAGCUAAACAAGCUACUGAUAGUGCUUCUGCUGAAGUAAAAGAACAGGUUAAUACAAGAAGGCGAGGGAGGUCUGCUGACAAAAAGGUAGAAUCCACCCCUCAGAGAGUGCCUGAAACAGAGGCUGGUGACCAAAAGGUGGAGGCAAAAUUGAGGAAAUCUGCCAGCAAGUCUCAACCUGCACCAUGUAGUGACAAUGUAGAGCCAAAAACCGAUGAGAAGAACGCAGAACCAGAGGACAGUGUCUCAAAAGAAAACACUGAAGUAAAAAAACUUGUGAUCCGGAGACGGCACAGAACGGACUCAAGUCACGCCCAAGAAUCAGCAGAUCAUAACAGUGAGGGCUCUUUGGCAGAGUCAUUAUUAGAAGUGUCAACGAUUGAGGAAUCUAUACCGAUUUCCAAGAAGAAAAAAGGGAAAAAAAAGAAGAGACAUCGUAAAGACAAAGUCUCGGAAAAAGUUAAAGAGAACAGGGAUCUCUUGUCUGAGCAGCUAGCAGGUGACUCUGCAGAAAUGAGGUCCAUUGAGAAAGAGUUUGUGGGAAUUCCAGGGUUAAAACUCACCAGAAUACGGAACCCGAAAGCCAGGUCUCGUAAGAAACGCAGCAAAUUUAUCUGGACCCUAACACUGGUAAAGUGCAAAAACAAGAGUGUAAGUCCACAAGAAAAUCUAAGCAAAGCACCAGAUAGCCUUAGGAAAGGGACAGAGCCUCCCUCAAAAUGUGCAGAAAAGGUUGAUGUUUCCACAGAGCCUAAAUCUGCAUCUAUACCUACAGACACUUCUGAAGUUCAGAACACUCCACAGACAUCUGAAAAUCAAGAACCAACUGAUAAUUUAGUACCUGAAAACCUAGAAAAGCCGGAGAAAGAGGAGGAGACCUCAAGCAAAAAUGAUGAGGAGCUUGCUAUUAGGUCAGAAGUUGCAAAAGAAUUUCAUCCAGAGGAGGCUGCACAAACCCAUUCAGAUGAUCUAAUCAGCAAAGAUUUCAUUUCUCCCCUUCAGAUCAAAGUUGGAACCUCACCAAAAAAACGCAGCAGUUUGAAGCAACCAUUUCUAAACCAGAAGGUUCUAGCUACACCUGAACAUAAAGAACUUUCUGCUGAGGCUGAUGAUCAUCAGUCUUCAGCAGAAGUACCAGAAAACCAUCUUGAAACUAUUGCCCCUCCGACACCCAGGCUAAAGCCCAGGUUGAGUCAAAACACUGCCAGAAAGAAGCGUGCAAGGCAUAAACCUUGGUCAAUACAAAAGCGAAAACCUAAAGCAGCUCCUUCUGAUGUGAACCCUGAUUCUGAAAUUAUUACUGAAACCCCAGCAAUUCCAACAACUGAAGCUGAACCCAAGUCUGAGGAGAUAUCAACAUUGUGUGAGCAAAAGAAACCAAGGAAGUGCUCUGUUCGAGCUGGUCUCUCAACAAGACGAUCAGUUCCAAAAAGACCACCACAGGCUUUACCUGCUCCUGAGAGUCAUCAGUCUUGUGAAGCACCACUGCCUGAGGCAACUGAACCCACAAGCAUUGAUAGUGCUGCUCUUCAGCCUCAUCCUGUAACAGAAACGCAACCAGACAUUAAGCCUGAAAAGACACCAUCAGCCGCAGAUGCCGAAGUUCUGGUUUUAGAGCCUCCCGUCACAGAUGAGGCGCAGCCUCCUCGUCCUGCUCAGAAACCAUUCAAGCAAGUUAAAAAAAGGCGCAGAGCUUUGAUAGGACAGAGGUUUAGAUCUCGCAGACACAAGUUGCCACUAAGACCUGUAGUUGAAAAAGUGGGUGAUGCUUGCUCACCAGUGGGUGCCUCUGAGCCAGCACGACCAAAACUAGCUGGCAUACUUAAGACGAAGUACAAGAAGCAACAGGUUUCCCAGAAUCUUCCUCAGACUCUUGAAGGUGAAAAAAACAAGGCAACAUUUGUAGCCCAGCAAGAGGAAAAGGAACCUGAGGUGCAGACUUUCGAUCUGGAAGAAAAGGAGUCUGUGAAUGAAAAAAUAGAUCUUGAAUCGUCCGACGUUCAGCCCGGUAAAACAAAAUUUGUUAAAAACAUAAAGCAUUUCAUAAUGCCUGUUGUAAGCGCCCGGUCUUCUCGAGUGAUCAAAACACCAAAGAGGUUUAUGGAUGAUGCAGACAUGUCGGAUCUGCCGCGGAGGAACUCUCAGAAGAAAGGCCACCAGCCGGGAGGGCAGCCGAAGCUGAAGAAACGAGAGAGUGGUGAGGCAGGCGAGUCUGAUUCUCUUCAGCCACAGGAUGAGGAAGAUGUUCUUCCUGAAGCCCAGUUAGAUCUUGAUUUGUCUUCUGCCGAAGAAUCCAAGACUGAGCCAGUGGAGGACAUUGAAAGUGGAGACAAAUUCUCUGGCAAGAGGCGGUCGCUACUCCGAGACCCCAGUUUUAAUUGGAAAGUACUAGAGCCUGUAGGUGCGGAUGUGUACAACUUUGAUCAGGACAUCGAAAAGGAGUAUGAGGCCUUGUUGUCUGCCAAAGAUUUGUCAUUAGAUUCAAUAAUUGAUUCUUCUCCAAAGAAGAAAAAGAGUGUGAAAAAGCAACCAUCAAACCUGAAGGCAGAUAAGAAACUGACAGAUAAGCUAAAUUAUGGGCUUAAUAGUAAAAGUGAAAAAAAGGUCCCAACAGGUGAAACAGAGAUAGAUCCACAGCCGGCUGAAGCACAAAAGGGGGAGCUGGAGGAAGAGGACAGUUUAAUUCAGUCUCUUUCUGAUGCUGAGAGAGAGAAAGCUAAACUGAAGAUUGAGGAUCUCGACACCCCAGGGGUGGUUCGUAAGGUAUCCAUCUGCAUGCAUGCCCUCAGCUCCAAGUUACUGGCACAGCAACAAGAGGAGCAGGCUGAAGAAGUGCCAGAUGAAUUCUCCAUCCACACAGACAUUUCACUUCCCAACAAAUGCAUGGAUAUAGAGAAAAUGCUUCAGGCUGAAGCAAAUGAUCAGAAAUUAGAAGGAAGCCUUGAUCAGAAGACUGGUGGAGAUGCCGUUAACUCAGAGGACAGAGGUGCCACACAGCGUCCCCGUCUCACAGGCGCCAACAAGCAAAUGCUCAACCUCCUCAAGAAAGCCAAGGUUCAGCUCAUCAAGAUAGAUCAGCAGAAACAGCUCAAGUCAUCAGGGCUCCUGAAAGAAGGCGGAUUCACAGCUACGAAGAGGGAGAGGAGGAAACCGAAAGAGUGCCUUCAGAAUGCCAGUCCCAGCAAGCCUGAAAAGACUGAUGCCUCUUCAGAGCAGACUCCUGAAGGUGAAAACAGAGGAGGACCACGCAUCAAGCAUGUUUGUAGAGCUGCAGCUGUAGUUCUGGGGCAGCCCCGUGCCAUGAUCCCUGACGACAUCCCCAGACUCAGUGCCCUCCCCUUGCAUGAAAGAUCAGGCAUUUCUCCAUCACCUGCUGAUAAGGAUAUUGAGUCGCACUCUGACCCAGACAGCCCUGUUCUCCCUGAUCAGAGGACACCUAAGUUUCGCAGAGUGAGUAGAGCUGGUAUGUUUGGGCUCCGGUCCCGGAGAUGUGGGGAAUGUAAGGGCUGCCUGCAUGAAGAGGACUGCGGCAGGUGCAUGAACUGCCUGGACAAGCCCAAGUUUGGUGGACCCAACACCAAAAGACAGUGCUGUGUGUUUAAAAGGUGCGAUCAGAUCGAGGAACGCAAGGCCAUGAGACUAAGUGGGAAACUAUAUAAAGGGCACAUGAAGAGACGGCGUUUAUCGAUUAGUGCGGGCCAUUCGAGUAAUGAGGAGGGUGAGGGGACGGAGGGGGCAGGGCGCUCCUCUCCCACGUCUGUGGGUGACAGUCAAAGCCCAUCUUUACGGAAGCAGCCCCGGCGGCAUGUUAAACCACGCUCCUACUGUGACCUGCUGGAUUAUGACUCUGACCUUGACCUCAUCGGAAUGCCCCACUCAACGUCUCCAGCCCGCAGGAGAGCGCCUGGUCCACGCAACACAGACUUUGUGUCACUGGAUGACUUUGUUGGCGAUGGUCUUGAUGAAGACAUACGACAUCGCAGGUCUGGAUUAAACAAAGUUGCUCCUAUCAGACGGAAAACAGAGAAGAGCCCUCAGGAGCAAACCCCACCCAGCGUCUUGGCAGCCUUGGCAAACGGCUUUGCCCAGAGAGAGAACGAGCCUUCCCAGCCCUCGUACAAGAUCCACGUCGACUUUAAGGAGGAUUGUAGUGUACAGAGCGUUUGGUCAACCGGAGGGAUGAGCAUCCUCACCUCUGUGCCUACCAUGCCACAGUAUGUGUGCCUGCUGUGUGCCAGCAAAGGACAGCAUGAGAUGCUGUACUGUCAAGUGUGUUGUGAACCUUUCCAUCACUUCUGCUUGGAGGCAUCAGAGCGACCUCAGGAUGAGAACAAGGAGAACUGGUGCUGCCGCCGCUGCAAGUUUUGCCGUGUUUGUGGCCGCAAGAACAAACCUUCAAAACCUCUGCUGGAGUGUGAACGAUGCCAAAACUCUUAUCAUCCUGCUUGUCUAGGCCCCAACUACCCCAAACCCAACAAGCGCAAGAAGGCCUGGGUGUGUAUGACCUGCAUCCGGUGUAAGAGCUGUGGCGUGACCCCAGGAAAGAGCUGGGAUACAGAGUGGGACCACGAUAAAGGCUUUUGUCCUGACUGCACAAGGCUCUUUGACCAGGGUAAUUACUGCACCAUGUGCUUCAAAUGCUAUGAGGAUAAUGACUAUGAAAGCCAAAUGAUGCAGUGUUCCACAUGUAACCACUGGGUCCAUGCCAAGUGUGAGGGACUGACAGAUGAUUUAUAUGAGAUCCUGUCCAGUUUGCCAGAGAGCGUGGUGUACUCGUGCCAGCCCUGCACUCAAGCACAGCCUGGUGGGGUGCAGGAGAGUGAGUCUGCAGGAGGCUGGAGGGAGCUGCUGAUGCUGGAGCUCAGGGCUGGGGUGGAGAAGGUGCUCGCCUGCCUUCUCAGCUCCACUCUCACUCAGCAUCUCGUGACCUGCAAGGAGUGUACAACUCUGGAUGACCCUGAAGAUGGAGAUGAUGAUGAUGAUGAUGAUAAUGAUGAUGUUUUGCCUGUAUGUGAUUUUCGUGCUGUGGGCAAAAAGUUUGAUAAAGGACUUUACACAACACUGAAAUCUUUCCAUGAAGAUGUGGUAGGAGUCAUUCGCAGAAAGCUCGAAGAGGAGGAGGCAUUACCAGAAGACCAAAGGCCCACUGCUCUUGCUCGAUCUUACUAUUUGAAGCUGAUGGAGGAGGUUUUCAGUUGGUUCAACAGUCAGGACCCUAAAGUGUGGGAUCCACGCUCCAAACACCUUCCUACUGGAAUGCUUUUACAUGCUGUUCUACCGCCGACAAAUGAGCAUGUAUAUGCACAGUGGAGGGAGCGAGAUGAAAAGAGCCACACUGUAAACAGAACCAGGCAAGCAGUAGCAGGGCACUUGGAGGUCAAAGGGGAGGAUGGGUCUGAUCACUCUACCCCUUUUUACCACAAGUCUGUCAACAGCCCAUACAGGCACUUGAUGAGCUUAAGGCAUGGGAUGAAAGGAAAGAAAGGACACCCAUCUAGAUCGGACCUGGACACUGGGUGGUCAAAAGAGGAUAAGCGGCAGUGUGCCUUGUGCCAGAAGUAUGGUGAUGCAAAAUCCAGUGAUGCUGGUCGUCUACUUUAUCUUGGCCAAAAUGAAUGGGCUCAUGUCAACUGUUCAAUGUGGUCAGCAGAGGUGUUUGAGGAGGAUAAUGGCUGCCUGAUGCAUGUGCAUAGUGCAGUUGCCAGAGGUCGCCUUAUGCGUUGUGAACGAUGUAACCAAACUGGGGCAACGGUGGGUUGCUGCCUUACUUCAUGCCAGAGCAACUACCACUUCAUGUGCGCCCGUUCCCGCAACUGUGUCUUCCAGGAUGACAAAAGAGUUUUCUGCUAUAAGCAUCGUGACCUCAUCAGUGGACAAAUUAUCACUGGACAAGGAUUUGAAGUUCUUCGGAGGGUCUAUGUGGACUUUGAGGGGAUCAGCCUUCGCAGGAAGUUUUUGACAGGAUUAGAACCGGAAAGCAUUAAUAUGUUGAUUGGUUCUCUUCAGGUCAGCAAACUUGGCAAGCUAAACGAACUGUCUGCUAGCCAAGGGAAACUCUUCCCAGUGGGUUAUGAAUGCUCCCGCUGGUACUGGAGCACAGUAAACCCAAGUCAGCGCUGCAAGUAUACAUGUAGGGUCAUGGAGGUACGAGCACCUGUUCAGGAGAAGCCAGUGGAAGAACUGCCUGACCAGGGAGACAAUCGCACAAUUGCCCACAGCCCAUGUGUCCAAUCAGAAUCUGCAACUACAGUGGGGGAUGUGAUACCAGCAAAUCCCAGUUCAGAAUCCUCCUUUGCUAAGCCAGACCUCGGCACUCGACCCAAAAUAUCUGUCUACCCUCAGAAUAGGAGACCAGCGGGAGGCCUGUCUAGACCUCUACCAUCUCCAGGAACAGUUCCAUCCAAGUCCCAUCAUAUUUUGACUAUUCGUGAUUUAGAUGACACUUGCAGACCACGACGGCACAGCCCACACUCUCAAAAUACUGGGAUCCGUGGACAUAUAACAUGUCCUACCUUGGGAUCUUCCACUGGCUCAGUUAGCCUUCGAGCUGGGGGUUCCCACCACUCUAAAGCCACCCAGCCUACCUCCCCAGGUUUCCCCCUUGGUGCUACUGAAAACCUGUUAACCUCUUCAUCAGCCCGCCCUGUGGGUCGAAGUGCUUCCUCUGCCAGGGGUUCUGGAAUAUUGGCACCCCAUUCUACCUCAGGACUGUUUUCACAGCCCACAUGGCAAGGUGGCAUUGGCAGCACCCCUUCCUCUAAUCGCUCUCUUUCCUCCCCCACCCACUUAUCUACAAGACCAAGGCUGCCUUUUGAUCUUAAUCAGUUAGACUCUGCAGAACUGCCACAUAAUUUCUUGGCAUCACCACAAGAACUGCCUGCAGAAAAUGGAACUUCACCUUUAAGAGACACUGUGGAUCCACCAAAGGGUAGUCAACUAGUCACUGAUAAGGAAUUCUCUUAUACACCCUUCCACUUAGACUCGGACCUGAGUGUUGUAUCAGAGCUUAAAAAUGAACUUGAGAUUGAGGAAACAGUACUAAAUGAGGGAGUGGCCAUGAACUGCAGUGAACAGAUUGUUGUUGAAGGUGAAGAGAACCAAGAGGAGUUUUGGGACCGAGAGGCAGACGAGAUCAAGGCAAAGGUAUCUUCCCGAAGAUUACCUCAUGCUAUAGAAACCCAUACAGAGGACUGGGACAAUAGUUCUUCUGAUGAGGAUAUGGGAAACUAUUUCAAUUUUUCCCGUACUACAGUUACUUGCAAGACUUCAAGAGAUACAUCAAAGACACCUGCUUCUUCUGCUGCAAGAUCAAUUUCACAACUAGACGGUGUAGAUGAUGGGACAGAGAGUGAUGCCAGUGUCACCAGCAGUAAUACCCAGAACCUAAAGAACCCAAGUCAGGUUCAGAAACCAUCCCAGUCUAUUGAUGUUCAGCAUAAUAAACAGUGGAACAGUAAUGGGCUAUGUGUGGACCUACCAAGUCCUGUCUUUGAUUCAUCAUCCAUUAGCAGUCAGCUGCAACCUGCAGCCAAACCUUUUGGUUCGUUGUCUUUGGUUGGUACUGGUCAUCAGAAGUCCCCUAGUGAAACCCAACCCAAGGGGGCUGCUGAAGUAAAAGUAUCCAAAUCUUCCCCAAAUUGCACAAAAUCUGGGCUCCAGGACACAUGCCCAAAUACUGGCUUCCUUGGUCAGACAUUUCAGUCGGUUUCCUUGUCACCCUCUCAAGAGACUUUGUCAAAUUUUGUUGUGCCAAAAGAGACAGACACCACAUUUUCUGCUUUUGUUGAUGACUUCCAAGCUCCUGGUUUAAUUACAGAUACGGGAAUACCCGUAGUUUUGGAAAAAUGUGACCCUCCCUCACCCAGUGCCUGCUUUACUGAACUGGUCCCAGUUCAGGAAGAUACUCCGAUUGACACACAAGGAUCCGUAGAGUUGAAGGAAAUGUACUUGGAUCAUAACAGUGGGCACUUUGUUUCCUCUACAGAUGGCUCCAUGAUUUUCUCAAAUAAUGUUUCAGAGGCCACACCGCAACCCUCUGUCAAACAGCCUGUAAAGGGAAGACAAGAUAAAGUGCCGAAAGCAGUGCAGCCAAAUUCUUCAUCUACAGAAACAGCCAGUUCUGCAUCCUUAGUUCAGUCUCUACAGUCCAGUUCCUCUUUACAGCCUCCUUUUGUGUCAUUUUCAAAUUCUGCACAUUCUUCAAAUGUCCCUUUAUACCCUGUCCAAACCCCUGAGGGAAAGACAGUUCUCCCACCAAUGGAGAGUUUUAGAACAAAACUACUGUCACCUUCAGACACAAGUCAACAUGCUCUGUCAGUACCUAGUGGAGCAAUGCCUUAUGUGUCUACAGAUUUGCCUCCCAAGCCAGAGUCAGUGCUUGCUGCACCGUCAGGCACUGGUGUGCCUCUUGCAUCUCUUGGGCCAGUUUUAGGACCAGUAUCCACUCCUGUGUACACCACUUACACUCAACCUGUGGGUUCAGCAACAGUCAGUAUAGUCCCUGCUGCAAUCUCCCAGCCGUCUGGUCAGUGCCAGCCAAUGCCCUCCAUUAUUCAACCAGCCCCUGGCCCUGUUGUUGUUAAUGGCUAUAGCUCCAUGCCUAUGCAAAGGGAAGCUGCCUCAGGACGUACAAUUUCCAUAAACUUUUCAACUCCAAGGCAAACAUUGGAGCCUCAACAACCAGUGACCCAAGCAUUACCUGGCCAUGCAAUUCUCACUGUGAAGGAGGUUGGUGGACCUAACGUGGAUCCUACCCCUCAUGUUUUACUUGUUAAUCGCCUUGGCCAAAUUUUUGUCAAGAAUCCUGAAAGCAACACCUUCCAGCUGCCCAGUCCUAACUCACCCUCCUACAACUGCGUUACACAAAUUGCCAGCCUAUUGCAAAGCAAUGCUCUGUCUGCUACUUUGGCAGCAGCAGGCAACUUGUCUGCAGUUGCCGGAGCAGCUAUACCAGCCCAAGUCCCAAGAAUGGUGACGCCUGUGAUUCCAAACUCUGAUACCAUUACCCAGCUCCUCACUGCUAAUAGCAAUGGAACAGCAGCACCACAGGAAGUAAAGAUGUCGAAGCAAAAUGCAUCUGGUGGAAAUGUUCCAGAAAAAAAGAAGCCACAGAAAAAGAGAGAACCCCCAACAUCUCGGAAGAUCAAGUCAGCUGCAACGCCUGGUUCAACUAGCAAGGCAGCAGACAAUAAUGCAGACAGUGCUCAAGCCAUUAUCAACCAAGCUAUGGCCAGCUAUUAUGACCCCAAUCGAAAUGGUGCCCGAAUCCUGAGUCCAUCCUCACCCCGCAAUCCCAGUGUCGGAGGCAGAGCUCAAUCACUGAGUUCAGUAGUCCUUCCCCCAGGCCUCCUUGUCGAACCAGAGUCCACGUCCUCUUCACCAGCUACCCCACACUCUGCAUCUUCUCGGCCAAAGCAGGUUCGAAUGAAGAGAGUAUCCUCACUCUCUGACCGCAUUGCCACGAAGAAAUCGAAGUCUGACUUUUUAGAGCCUGAGAUGCCUAGUGGGUCGGAAGACCAACGCAAAUUAAGUUCAACUGCUAGCAGGUGUGGGGGAGUUCGCAUCAAAACGCCAACUGUCAAAGGGGUCCUUGACCUGGACAAGAUCAAUGAUGAGCGUAGUAGUGAUUCUGAGAGUGCCAAGCCAGGUCUCUGGGAUCGUUUCUCAGUGUCCCGAGGUGGCGACAGUAGUAAACCACAGGCCUGGGACACCACAGGACGUAGCGCACUGUCUGACUGGAACAAAUACUCAGGGAUGAUGUCGUGCUCAGAUGAAGAGAUGCCUCCCUCAGACAGUGAAGACCAGUUCCCUCCUAGAGGAGACCACCCACAUCUACGCUUUGAGAUCACCAGUGAUGAUGGUUUUAGUGUGGAGGCAGAUAGCAUUGAGGUUGCCUGGAAAGCUGUCAUUGAUGGGGUACAAGAGGCUCGUGCUGCUGCCAAGCUGAGACAGCUGUCCUUCACUGGGAUGAAUGGUGCUCGUGUGAUGGGCUUGUUGCAUGAUGCUGUGGUUUACCUGGUGGAACAGCUCCAAGGGGCCAAGUCUUGCUAUCGUCACACUUUCCGCUUCCAUAAACAAGCUAGCCAGGAAGAAGACCUACCCAUCAACCCCAGCGGUUGUGCUCGCUCUGAGGUCUAUCUGAGGAAGUCUACUUUCGACAUGUUCAACUUCUUGGCAUCACAGCACAGACAGCUUCCUGAUGCUGACCUGUAUGAUGAAGAGGAGGAUGAAGUUCUUCUCAAAUCAAGCAGACGAGCAACAAGUUUGGAACUUCCCAUGGCCAUGCGCUUCAGACAUCUAGAAAGGACAUCUAAAGAAGCUGUUGGUGUUUACAGGUCCGCCAUUCAUGGACGAGGGCUGUUCUGCAAGAGAAACAUUGAGGCAGGGGAAAUGGUUAUUGAGUACUCCGGCAUCGUCAUUCGCUCCGUUCUCACAGACAAACGCGAGAAGUACUACGAUGGGAAGGGCAUUGGCUGCUACAUGUUUCGCAUUGAUGACUUUGAUGUAGUGGAUGCGACCAUGCACGGCAAUGCGGCGCGAUUCAUCAACCACUCCUGUGAACCCAACUGUUACUCGCGGGUCAUCAAUGUGGAGGGCCAGAAGCACAUUGUCAUAUUUGCUUUGAGGAAGAUUUACCGUGGAGAAGAGCUCACCUAUGACUACAAAUUUCCCAUUGAGGAUGCCAGCAACAAGCUCAGCUGCAACUGUGGAGCCAGGCGCUGCCGCCGCUUCUUAAACUGAGAGGAAAGUAGAGAAGAUCCUAAAGACGAGCUGGAAUGAGCUCCGAAAUUAGCGGACGCAGCAAACGGGCAAUAAAAGACAGUCGCAUGGGGAAAGCACUGAGAAGGGCAGUAGGAGGUCAAAAGGACUGACUUUUAAGCUAGGGUCUUAUUGAGUUGGGCUUAAGCCAUAGGAAUUUCCCUCAAAGAGAUCCAGAGAUGGUCAUGAGGAUGUGCAAGCACUCCAGCAGAAAAGGAAGGCUCAUAGCAACCAGCUGUUCACCCACAGUACUGCAUGCACAAUAUUCCGGUACACAUAUGUGUGAUCUCUUGAGAGCGUAUUGGAGAAUAGAUGGAGUUAAGCCAGUAGGGAAACACUUAAAAAUGUGUUCAGUUUCUGAGAGAACAGGAAGUCCUGUGCAUUUAUGGCGUUAAGUUCUUCAAAAGGCAAAGUCAUCGUGGCUUCUGUUUCCUACCCGCUAACAUGUAUUUCAGGUCAAAUCAACAGUGAUGAAAAUGCUUAUUCCUCCUUCUGCUAAUUCUACAUAAAAACUACUCACUUUGGGGUUCUGCAACAGAACUAGAACUAGACAGCGACGAGUUAUCACUAAAAGCUGAGAUCACACUUAGUAAAUAGUCUGUUCAAGUGCUGUUUUCAAAAGCUGUUUAAAGCACUCCUUCUGCCACCCAUAGUCUCUUUAAACCUUUAAAACUCCUGCUCCUGCACUGAAGAUGGUGUGCAGAUAGAUGUACAUGAGUUUUGUGGCCGUGAGAAUAUUCUAUAACUGAAUGAAAUAUGUGACUAAUCGAGAGACAAAUAUAUAUAAAUAUAUAUUAAAAAAAAAUAUAUAUAUAUAUAUAUAUGUAUAUGUAUAUGUGUAUGUGUAUAUAUAUAUAUAUAUAUAUAUAUAUAUAUAUGUAUAUGUGUGUACUUUUAACUGAAAUGUUUAUGAUGCUCAUGCUCAAAACUAGUAUAGGUCUUAGUCAGAAUUAAUGUUGAGGACAGGAAAAGGCUUUAUAUGCUCAGGAAGAUGCUGUGAACCCCUGCAAUAUAUACCAUGGUGAUUCAUUCCAUUCGUUAAGCAUUCAGUAAAACAUUUUCCAUAGAACUUCUCAAACAGACCAGUCUGAUUCAGUCUUUUAAGCUUUUAAGGUCUAUUUGAGAAACCACUGAUGUAAUUUCUCGUUUUCUAAAAAAAGGCUUCCUUCCUGUGUGUUUUAUUUAUUCCGUUACCUUGGUUUCGGACUACAGCUGAGCUUUUUAUCUUGCAUCUGUCUCCCUCCCUGGGGUCCUGCUGUUCCGUUGUGUUAGGAAACUGUUUUUGUCCAUUACCCUUUUUUGUCCAUCUUCAUGGUGCUAGAUUUAAUGAAAGUCUUGAAACUAAGAGGGAAAUCGUACAUUACAUUAAUCAUUUUCAUUCCUCACAGUGUAAGACUCUUAGACUAUUUGUGAAUUACUUGACAGUUAAUGAGUAACGGUAUAAUUUCUGCAGAAGCAAAAUCAGGUAUGGUGAAAAAAUAUAUAAACCUUUAUUUUCUGCUAUAGCUUCACACUACUUGAGCUAACUGAGGAAAUACACUUUGCAUCUGUGCUUUCCCAGGUAUUUUUGACAGGCUGUUUUGUCAGUUCCUCAUAGUUUCCGUGCCACGGUUGUAUGCACUGUUUCUCAUCUCUUACAAUUGCAUCAAGAAAAUCUCUUCUGACUGUGGGUCUCCUGAGGCAGUGUUUGUUGCUAGGCCAGAUUCUGUUAACUGCAUUAUUCUGUGCAGUGCUCAACAAUGUUUAAAUCUAGAAGAACCUGUGUCUUUUAGCUAACAGCCACCUAGCACUCAGCACCUUGAUGUCCCUUUAUUUACGGACUUCUGAAUCUCUUCAUCAUGAAAACAGAUAAACUGAUGCCAUCGUUUGUCUUAGAACUGAUGAGAUUUGAUCAAGCUUCGUGGUCGUCCUAUUUAUUCCUGUUCACGUCCGUUAGAUCAUGGGAGUAUGCAUGCUCUCUGUGUGGCCAGGGUCUAGCCAGAUCUCUCUUUUGUUUAUGUAUUUUCUUUUCCCCUUUGUCUUUUUGACUUGAACAUUCUUUGAGGAUGAGUUCUUGCAGUGCAGCCUUUUUAAGGUGACGUUUUGAGCCGGAUGUCCUUCUUUUUAUUAACAGUAUGAUUUUUAAUUCUUCUUUUAACUUGUAAACUGUGGCCACAUGCUUUGGUUAACUGAGAACUUGUACUCAUUUUUCCUGACUUUUGACAAAGCUUCCAGUCUUUUGGAAAGGAAUGGCAACAAAGAGAAAGUUCUGCACCUCGCCCUUUCAGCCAAUACAGUGCGGUCAGUCCCCUGCCUCGUCUGCCCCCUUCUCCUUUUUGGGCGUCUUCAUCAUCAAAGUUGGUCCACAAAGGAUUUGACCUAGAUUUUUCUUCUUUGUUUCGUUUCGUUUCGUUUCACCCCCCCCUCAUCCCCCCUCCCCAACUGAACUUGCAAGGAUUCUACCUCAGGCUGUUCAGAAUGACUUUCAAAGAAUACUAAUGCAAAAUGUAGAAGAGAAUACAAUAUUGCUUGGUCUUAAAUGUCCUGCAGAGUUGACCUGUGUGCAAUGAAGGAUGCAAAGCACUAGUCAAGACUUUCUGUGACGAUCUGUCUCCCAGAGUUGUGUGGAAAAACUGUAUGUUCUUAUGUAGAGUUAUUUUAAAAAGAAUUGUGCUGAAAAAAAAAGACUCAAAACUUGGAAUUGUGUGUCUUUACUACCUUGUACAAAAGUACCCUAAGUUUGUAAAUAAUUGUAUACAUAUUUCUAAACCUGUUUAAUUUUUCUAUGCACUUUUUUAUUUAUAAUGUUAUUUGCUUAAUAAAGAUGUUAAAAUGUUUGAACAAAAAA